AUGGACAACUUUAAUGGCAUGGGAUACAGAUUCCAUCCCACUGAAGAUGAAAUCAUCAACCAUUUUCUUGAAUCAAAGAUGAAGUGUGGCACUGAUUUCUCUGCAGUAAUUAAGGAAGUCGAUAUUUCCAAUUUUGAACCUUGGGAAUUGCCAGUCCAUUCACCACUAUCCUCAGAUGAUCAAGAGUGGUACUUUUUCAGUACAAUUGCUUAUAAGCCUUCCAAUAAGAGUACUAGUAGAAGAGUAGUUGAAAGAACAACUAGGGCUGGAUUUUGGAAAGUCACUGGCAAAGAUCGUGAAAUCUACGAUGACAACAGUGGACAACUGAUUGGUAAAAGAAAAGUUUUGGUUUUCUACCAAGGUCAUGGUUCUAAUGCCGUCAAGACAAAUUGGGCGAUGCAUGAAUAUCAUUCCCAGACAGUAAAUCAGAAGAGUUAUGUUCUUUGUCGCUUGAAAAGAAAAUCAGAUGAUACAGAAGAUGAUCAACCAAGUUCCCAUUGGGCUUCUACUUCACGAAAUUAA